AAGUUUACCGCUUUAAACUUUGUUAAAGUCCAGUUCUCCCGUCCGGACCGGGCUCAUGAGCGUCCUCGGCCGGCUCUGACGGUCGGCCUGCCGGCGGGGAUGUGUCCGGGGAUCUGAAGCGGACUUCGGUCGGUUAGAAGGUCAGUCGUGGCUCCUCCAACAUGGCGGCGGCGUCGUACGACCAGCUGCUGAGACAGGUUGAGGUGUUAAAGAUGGAGAACUCCAACCUUCGACAGGAGCUGCAGGACAACUCCAACCACCUGACCAAACUGGAGACAGAGGCAUCCAACAUGAAGGAAGUGCUGAAGCAGCUGCAGGGCACCAUAGAAGAAGAGUCUGGAGAGGCGUCUGGAUCUCAGUUGGAGCUCAUUGAAAGACUGAAAGACCUGAAAUUGGGUGUUUCUGAUCUUCCAGAGAUGAGCCUGGACGCUGCCGGUUUUAAGCCCAGGUCGAGGCCUCCUCAGCCCCCCUCGUCCUCCUCCAGCUCUGCCUCUUCUGGUUCUGGAGCUCCUGGAGGAGCAGCUGGGGGCCCCCCAACCACCACAGGCUUCCCCAGGAGAGGGCUGCCGACUGCAGGCAGAGACAGCCACGACCGCUGCCUGGAGGAGCUGGAGAAGGAAAGGUCUCUCCUAUUGGCUGAGCUGGAGAAGGAGGAGAAGGAGAAGGACUGGUACUACGCUCAACUGCAGAACCUCACAAAGAGGAUCGACAGCCUGCCACUCACUGAGAAUUUCACUCUGCAGACGGACAUGAGUCGGCGUCAGCUGGAGUUUGAGGCCCGUCAGAUCCGCUCAGCGAUGGAGGAACAGCUGGGCACCUGUCAGGAAAUGGAGAGGAGAGCUCAGGCUCGUGUGUCUCGUAUUCAGCAGAUAGAGAAAGACAUCCUGCGGCUCGGUGCUCGGCUGCAGGUAACCUUACCUGUGGAGGAAGCUCAGGGGCAGAGCGACAGCAGCGGAUUGGCUGGAGCUCAGAGCACCAGCAGCCGGAUUGACCACGAGCCAGCCAAUGAGGCGAGCUACUCUGUACCUCGAAGAAUUACCAGCCACCUGGGAACCAAGGUGGAGAUGGUUUACAGUCUUCUGUCCAUGUUGGGGACUCAUGAUAAAGAUGACAUGUCGCGGACGCUGCUCGCCAUGUCGAGCUCUCAGGACUCGUGCAUCGCCAUGCGUCAGUCCGGCUGCCUGCCGCUGCUCAUCCAACUGCUGCACGGCAAUGACAAGGACUCCCUGUUGCUAGGAAACUCCCGCGGCAGUAAAGAGGCGCGAGCGCGAGCGUCGGCAGCGCUGCACAAUAUCGUGCACAGUCAGCCCGACGAUAAGAGAGGCCGGCGGGAGAUCAGAGUGCUUCACCUGCUGGAGCAGGUGCGUCAUUACUGCGAGGCGUGUUGGAGCUGGCAGGAGAACCACGAGAGGGGCGUCGACCAGGAGGACAACCCCAUGCCUUCUCCAGUGGAGCAUCAGAUCUGUCCCGCCGUCUGUGUCCUCAUGAAGCUUUCCUUCGAUGAAGAACAUCGACACGCCAUGAACGAACUCGGCGGUCUGCAGGCUGUGGCGGAGCUGCUGCAGGUGGACUGCGAGAUGUUUGGGCUGAGCAGCGAUCAUUACAGUGUCACGCUGCGGCGAUACGCUGGCAUGGCGCUCACCAACCUCACCUUUGGAGAUGUGGCCAAUAAGGCCACGCUGUGCUCCAUGAAGGGCUGUAUGAGAGCAAUGGUCGCCCAGCUGAAGUCCGACAGUGAGGACCUGCAGCAGGUGAUAGCGAGCGUGUUGAGGAACUUGUCGUGGCGUGCUGAUGUCAACAGUAAGAAGACGCUACGUGAGGUCGGCAGCGUGCGGGCGCUGACCGGCUGCGCUCUCGAGGUCCAGAAGGAGUCGACUCUGAAGUCCGUCCUGAGCGCGCUCUGGAAUCUGUCAGCCCACUGUACGGAGAACAAGGCGGACAUCUGUGCAGUGGACGGCGCUCUGGCAUUCCUUGUGGGAACUCUGACGCAUCGCAGCCACACCAACACGCUUGCCAUCAUUGAGAGCGGCGGCGGCAUCCUGCGCAACGUCUCCAGCCUCAUCGCCACCAACGAGGCACACAGGCAGAUUCUACGAGAGCACAGCUGCCUGCCGACGCUGCUACAGCACCUGAAGUCUCACAGUUUGACCAUCGUGUCCAACGCCUGUGGCACGCUCUGGAACCUGUCCGCCAGGGACGCCAGAGACCAGGAGGCUUUAUGGGAGCUGGGCGCUGUGGGGAUGCUACGAAACCUCAUUCACUCCCGCCACAAGAUGAUCGCCAUGGGCAGCGCUGCUGCCCUGCGGAACCUGAUGGCCAACCGGCCAGCACGCUACAAAGACGCCAGCGUGGUGUCGCCUGGCGCUGGUGCCCCGUCGCUGCACGCCCGCAAACAGAAGGCACUGUUCGAAGAGCUGGACGCCCAGCAGCUGUCCGAGACGUUUGACAACAUUGACAACCUGAGUCCCAAAGCGGCGCACAGGAAGGGGCGGGGCUGCAACGGUGCCGGAGGAGGAGGGAGCACGACGCGCUCGUACACCAACACCCCGGUGCUGUCGAGCCCGAAAAACGGAGAAGGAUCAAAGAGGACGGGUGAGGAAGUGUCGUACGCUCGUCCUGUUUUCCCGCCCAGCGUGCGCGCAUCAAGCGACAGCCUCAACAGCGUGACGAGUGCCGACGGCUAUGGCAACCGCGGCAAGACCAAACCGUCGACGGAGCCAUUCUACUCGUCCGAUGAGAGCGGAGCCAAUAAAUGCUGCGUCUACAGGAAGUAUCCGGCCGACCUGGCACACAAGAUUCGCAGCGCCAACCACAUGGCAGACGACGACAGCGCCGAGCUGGACACGCCCAUUAACUACAGUCUGAAGUACUCGGAUGAGCAGCUGAACUCCGGCAGACAGAGUCCGAGCCGCCGCGGCAGCAUCGAAAGCGACGAGGACGACGAGCUGGACGCCAGGCUGAGGAGAAGGAACGAUGGCGGCGACUCGGCGGCAAGUGGCGGCCGGAUUGCGUCUGUCCCGCAGCCACGUUAUGUUGUCGCCACGGCAACAUCAAACUACGGCAGCGACUCAACAGCUGAGCAGCCGAUCGACUACAGCUUGAAGUAUGGCGCCGAAGGCCCCCGCAAACCGCUCUUCAAGCCAGAAGAGACCACCGGCCCCUCGGUCCCGCCUCCUCCACCAUCCUCUGCCAACAAGCUCCGCCCCCCUCCACCCUCGGCCAAUCGGGCAGUCCCAAAGAGCAACCAGGAGUCGACACAGACAUACUGCGUGGAAGACACGCCCAUCUGCUUCUCCAGAGGCAGCUCGCUCUCUUCACUUUCAUCAGAGGAGGAAGAGGAGGACGGCGAUGUCAUCGGGAGGAAGAGGAGAGGCGGGAGCGGCGGCGGUAAUAACGACUACCCGACACUUCCUGUCAGUGAGAAGGACGCACACGAGCAGCAGCAGAGACAGCAGAAGGAGGCCGAGAGCCAGACCGCCACUGCUGCAGCCGCUCCUUCCUCAAGAGGAAGACGAGGUCACCACCACCAUCACAGCCACGCCCACCACCAUCACCACCACCAUGUGACAUCAUCAUCGGGCGCCAGGACUCCGAAGAGUCCCCCGGAGCAGCCGUACGCUCAGGAGACGCCACUGAUGUUCAGCCGCUGCACCUCGGUCAGCUCCCUCGACAGCUUCUCCACCUCAUCCAUCGCCAGCUCGGUGCGCUCAAGUGAGCCGUGCAGCGGUGUGCCGAGUGGCGUGGUCAGCCCCAGCGACCUGCCUGACAGCCCGGGGCAGACCAUGCCGCCGAGCCGUGCCAAGACGCCGCCGCUGCCGCCGACCACGCAGAACACAAAGGAGGAGGAGAAGACCAAGAAGAAGGACGAGGAGGAGAGCAGCGCCGACGUCCUGCUCCACUUCGCCACAGAGAGCACGCCGCACGGCUUCUCCCGGGCCUCCAGUCUGAGUGCGCUCAGUCUGGACGAGCCGUACAUCGCGGCAGAGAUGAAGAAGGAGGCAGAGCAGCGAGGCAACGAGGAGAGGAAGGAGGAGGAGGAGGUGUCAAAACCCAUCCUCGACGAAUCGGAUGAUGACGACGACAAAAAGAUCCUGGAGGCGUGCAUCAACAUGGCCAUGCCCAAGUCGUCACGGAAACCAAAGAAACAGCAGCAACCGGCGCCACGGAAACCCAGCCAGCUCCCUGUUUACAAGCUCCUCCCCCCUCAGAGCCGCACCCAAUCGCAGCAGAGGAAAGACGUGCCGCCACCGCAGGAGGAAGUGCCGAGAGUUUACUGCGUGGAGGGAACGCCUCUCAACUUCUCCACCGCCACUUCGCUUAGCGACCUCACCAUCGAGUCCCCGCCCAAUGAGGAGGCAGCUGUCGUACCUGUAGCCCCGCCUCCCCCCGGGCAGAAAAGGGGGCCGGGGCUACCCGAGGGUGAGAACGGCGAUGACAUCCUCGCAGAGUGCAUCAGCGCGGCCAUGCCCAAAGCCAAACCUAGAAAACCUUUCAGAGCCGCGGCGAACACCGAGCACCUCCAGGCCCCACCUCCUCCGCCUCCGGCCCCGCCCCCGCUCGGUCCGCUGCAGCAGAAGAAGAAGCCGACGUCGCCGGUGAAGCCGAUGCCCCAGCGCGCACCGUACGGAGUCGCCACUGCAACAGCCACCAAAGCAAAACCAGGGUUUGCCUUUGACUCGCCACACCACUACACACCCAUCGAGGGCACGCCAUGCUGCUUCUCACGCAAUGACUCGCUGAGCUCACUCGACUUCGACGAAGACGAUGGUGGCGAGAAGGACGAAGAGAAGAAAGAAAAGAAAAGAGAAGAAGAAGAAGGCAGGAAGAGGAAGCAGCAGACAGCGGCUGUUUUCCCUCAAACUAAACCUGCGACCAACGCUGCAGGGGCAGACGAGAAGCAGAAGUUCGCCAUCGAGGACACGCCUGUCUGCUUCUCCAGGAACUCAUCGCUGAGCUCGCUGAGCGACAUCGACCAGGAGAACAACAACAAGGAGUUCGCUCCGCCGCCGCCUGAGCAGCCAGUUGGAGGCAAAGCAGGAGGAAAGUCUCCUACACAGGAAGAGCUGAAGCCCCGCCCCCCCGCGGCGAGCGGCUACGCCCCCAAAGCGUUCCACGUAGAGGACACGCCCGUCUGCUUCUCCAGGAACUCGUCGCUGAGCUCGCUGAGCAUCGACUCUGAAGACGACCUGCUGCAGGAGUGCAUCAGCUCCGCCAUGCCCAAGAAGAAGAAGAAAGCUGCUGCCGCCCCGGUCUCCGUGGCACUUCCUGUUCCAAAAGCUGAAGACGGCAUUUUGGCAGAGGAGGAGCCUUCAGAGGCGCCGAGAAGCCCCGCCUCCCCUGACUCAGAGUCCUUUGAUUGGAAGGCGAUCCAGGAAGGCGCCAACUCCAUCGUCAGCAGCCUGAACGCUGCCGCCGCCGCCGCCUCAUCGCUGUCCCGCCAACCAUCAUCAGACUCCGACUCUGUGCUGUCCCUGAAGUCCGUGGGCUCGCCAUUCCGCCUGCCAGCAGCCAAUAACAACGCAGAAGAAGAGGCGGAGAAGGAGGAGGCGGCAGUGAAGCGAGGGGCGAGGAUCCUCAAAGGCAACGAGCGCAGCACGCUGGAGGCCAAGAAGAAGGACGAGGACGACGAGGAGGCGAAGGCGCUGAGAGGCGGAAAGAAGGUGUACCGGAGUCUGAUCACCGGGAAGCCGAGGUCGGAGCCGUCAGCCAGGGGGCGGAGCAAACCCCGAGCAGCCGCCGUGGCUAAAGCCCCAGGAAGCAGCGAAGGCACCGAUAGAGGAGCCGGCUCCUCUCGGGACUCCACGCCGUCUCGCUCUUCCACUGUGGCCAAUCAGAAAGGAGGGAAGCUGCUGCAGACGGCUCGCACCGCGUCACCAGGAAGUGCGUCGUCGUCGUCGUCAUCAGCCUCCAGGCCGGCCAAGCAGAGCGGGGUGGCGAGGAGCGGCGGCGGCAUCCCAAGGAGUGAGUCGGCAUCGAGGGUGAGCGGCGCCACUGUGGCCAAGAAGCAGAAGGCGGAGCCAGAGAAGCCGGCGCUCGUCCGCCAGUCAACCUUCAUCAAAGAAGCACCGAGCCCGACGCUGAAAAGGAAACUGGAGGAGUCCGCCGCCGCUGCCACAGCGUCAGAGUCUCUGUCUAGCCCCGACACCCCACUGCCGUCCACCACCAGGAGACAUGACGUCAACCGCUCGCACUCUGAGAGCCCAUCACGACCACAGGAAGUGACAUCAUCACGGUUCAGCCGGACUGGAACAUGGAAGCGGGAAAACAGCAGUGCGGGAGGAGGAGCGGGCGGCGGGAAACACUCCACGUCGUUACCAAGAGUGGGGACGUGGAAAAGGACGGGAAGCUCAUCGUCGGUGCUGUCGGCGUCAUCGGAGUCCAGCGAGAAGGGGCGGAGCGAGGAAGAGAGCGCCGCCAGGUCCAAGGGGACGUGGAGGAAGGCGAAAAGCAGCGGUGGAGACGCCUCAGCUGGCCGCGGCUUCACCGACAAAUCAGAAGACGUGUGGGUCCGUCUGGAGGACUGUCCCGUCAACAACCCUCGCUCCUCCUCUUCCUGUUCAGCACGCUCUCCCACCGCCGCCAACGCCCCGCCCGUCAUCGACAGUCCCGCCCCCUCCAAGAUCCCCUCGUCGUCCUCCUCCUCCUCCUCCAACCUCAACCUGCGCCGCAGCUGCGAGAGCCUCGAUGACAAGCCGCCGCCCGAACGCCAACAGCCCCAACAACAGCGCAGUCAGCAGCGAAGCGGCGCCGUGGCGGCCCGGGUCAGCCCCUUCAACUACACGCCAAGCCCAAGGAAGGGCAACACUGAUGUCACCACCAUCGCCACACCAACCACCACCACGUCAUCAUCAACCACCCCCACACGACCCUCACUCAUCCCCACCCCCGUCACCAAGAAACGGGAGCCAAAGGGUGGAGAAGGUGCUGGCGGUGGCGGCGGUGGUGGGGGAGAACGUGGCUCGUACAUUGUGACGUCGGUGUGAAACAGGAAGUGACUCAGUAGGGACAGAAGUGUAAAUAAACGUGUUUGUGAAUUGAACAGGAAGUGAGUCCGUAUUUAAGUGCUAGACCCGCCCCUUCACCUGCCUCCUCCCCUCUCAUUGGCUUCUCUCACCUGUCAGUCAAAUAAGAGAAAACUUUAAAAAUGACUUUUUAUGUUUUUAUACCACUAAAAUGAUGUGUAGCGCUUAGCUCCGCCCCUCUGUGUCCCGCAUGGCCCCGCCCCCUAACGGUGACUGCUCUGCUUCUGAAGUUUCCAUGUUUUUCUGAAUGGAGUCUGGUUCUGGAAAUAACGAAACAGGAAGUAGGGAACAGAUUUCAGAAUAAAGGUUUGUUUUGUUUUCAGAACCUCACUGUCGCCUUGGAAACAAAUAACACUGUAAAACAUAAGUUAUUGCUGUAAAACCCUAAAACCUUUGAACUUUGAAGCACAUAAUUUAAAAGAAAAAGAUUUUUUGCCAAAAAGCGUUUCCACAGUGUUCUUCACGGCUGUACGUUGAUUUUCACUGUUUGUAUGUCGAAGCUGGAGGAAAACGUUUUGGU